CUCUUCAGUCUGACUGAUCCUGCGGAGGCUGUAACACAUCAAAGGGCUCGCGUGCCUCACAUUGUCUUUCCCGCUGCAACCUGUCGCAUUUUAAACACGAUACAGAAAACCGUUGAGGAUUUAAAUUAUAACGAAAAAUACAAGUUCAGGAUUUAAAUUGUAACGGAAAUCCGGAGUGUUGAGGCGAGACCCGCGCGCUGUUUAACUGAGGUGUUUUAGGCCUCGCUUUUGAGGCCUCGCUUGUACGCAUCAUGACCUGUGAGCCUUCUCUGUGCUCCACUUGUUUCACCCACUUGUAAUCCAGAGCUAUAUCCUGCCCAAAGUGGAAGUGUGUUGCAUAAAAUGUCAGCGUGCAGUGAGUUUGCAGAGCACGUGUGGAAACCAGGAUCCUGUAAAAACUGCUUCCACCCACGUAGUGCCCACGCUAAAGGCAGGAAGAGCUUGUGCAGGGACGAACAGGAGGAUGUAGGUGCCUCGGCCUCGACCUACAUUAAGCCCACUAUUGCCGUCAAGCCCACAAUGAUAAACUUGGACACAACCGAGAAGACAGCAGAGUUUACCAUGAACACACAGCAGGCACAUAAGAGUUCGAUUGGACUGAAGAAUAUUCUGGAGUUGUCAUCUCCCUACAUCGACAGUAAUGGCUGCAGUAAAACUCUGAAGGAUGUGAUUCUGCAGAAUGGUAUUUCCACGAAGCUGGAUUAUUCAAGCAGGACUCCUGUGUCUCCUAAAGCACCACCCACCACAGGUUGUGUGUUUAUCAUGCAGGAGGAUUGCCGCAGUCCCGUUGAGCUAAAAGAGAAUUUCAGUCCUCAGGUGGCCAAAACACAGACAUGCACUUAUAUCACUUCCUGUGAUUCACUUCUACAUCAUCAUAAACAGGAAGUGCAGGUCAUAACAAACACAGCUACAGGAAAUAUAAAUGGGGCUGUUAAUGGUGCAGCCGCAGAGAUGCACAGUGUUCUUUCAUCGCCUGUGGCAACCCCAGGAUCCCUUAAUAACGUCAGCAUGUCGGAUUUUUCACAUUGCAGCAGUUCGGACUCACUGACUGGCCUGGCCACGAUCCAGUCAGAGCCGAUCUAUGCAGAAAGCUCAAAGAGGAAAUGCCGUCCUCGCCAAAACGCUGAUCUCAUCACCGAGGUCAGUGAUGAUGGGGAAGGUCAAAGGGCAACCAUCACUGUUAUGGCUGCCCACACGGGGGAUAACAACCGCACCUUUUACCUGAGCAGCCCUGAUUCUGCUGUUAGUACUCAGUGGCUCCGCUUCAGCCCUACAACCCCUGAUGAUCCCUCCAGCCCUGUUUUCAGCUGGCCAUCUUCCCCUGUCGUCAUGGGAACAACCCCAGUGUCUGCAGACCUGUCCACACAAACCGAGACCAAAAAAAGCCCACCCAUUCCUCCCAAAAGAAACUCACGUUCUCCAAAACUUGGCACGUCUAGUUUGUCUCCUCUUCCUGAAUUUAACUUCCACAUGUCUCCACCCCUUAAACUGUCUCAGGGUGAAGCCCACUCCUCCUGCCCAGUAUUGAGCAGCUUGUGGAGCUCAGAGCCUAGAGCCAAGGAGGAGGAGAAGAAGGAAGCAGAAAGAGAAUGGAAGGACAAGUGUGAGUCUACGCCUGGCACGACUGAGAGAAACAACAGUCCCAGUGAGAAACAAGUGGAGAUGAAAUCUGACAGCAGCUGCAGCAGUGAGCCCAGACCUCCACUGCCUCCACCCAAAAAACAUCACCGAUCCUGUGUUAGGCUCAGUGUGAGCAGUAUGGAAUUGGAUCAGCGGGGAUCAGUGGAGUCACUCCCUCACUCGGUGAAGGAAAUGAACGCAACCUCUUCAGACAGUCUGCCGGCUCUGACCGAUUCUGGUGUGCGUAAAUCUGUCUCAGUUGUUCAGGAAUCAACGCAGCACUCCUGUCCUUCUCUGUUCCCGAAUCCAAGUCUCUGUCCCCCUCCAUUACCAGAGAAAAAGCUCCUGAGCCGCACCACCUCCUCUGACAUAGAAACUAAGUUCAAAAGUCACGCCGUCACUUCCUGUUCAUCUCCUCAGCUCUCCAAUUCAUCCUCGGUGUCUCUGCAGACACUCCUGAGUAGUGGAGCAAGUCGGGAAUGUGUUUACGCUCGACUGGGUGGGCUGUAUGGCGAGUGUGUGCGGCGCUUGGCACUGAAGUGUGAGGAGCGUUUUACACAGCCACAGAAACACACACAUCGCUUCUUCAACGAGCACGAGUGGAGUUUGUUCAAACUGAGCUGCAGCCGUGCUGUGUGUGUGACCAGGGAUGCCGCAUACUACCCCGCCUCCUGCUCCUCAGACAUACACACACCAUACGCUGUCAAGAUCUGUAAAGGCCAUACCCAGGAAGUAAGGCGGUCUCACCUGUUUGGUCUGUCUGUGCAGCAGUCAAUCCCACAUCACUUUAACCUGCAGCAGGACUGCGGUCACUUCAUCGCCUGCGUGCCUCUGAGCAUGCUCCCUGGCCAAGAAGAGACACUAGCACCGCCUUCUUCCCCAAGCACCACCCCCUUGGAUCAACAGGAGCGUGUGGUGGUAAUCACGCGUGACGUGCCAAGCCAGAGUCUGGCAGACUUUGUGAGCGAGUAUCAGUCUUUCCAUCGCUCUCAUCCCGAAGUGUAUGAGCGUCGUGUGUGUUUUCUCCUGUUGCAGCUCUGUAAUGCUCUUGAGCACCUUAAAGCUCAUGGUGUCACUCACCGUGACCUCUGCCUUGAAAACAUGCUCCUGGUACCUCAGAGACAACCUGUAACUUCCAGCCCCACCAAUCAAGAGCCUUUACCUCGGCUCCUAAUUAGCAACUUCUCCAAAGCGAAGCGGCGGUGUGAGACAGAUGAGAAGCAGCGCGCUGAGCUGACUCGCAUGGCACCUGAGAUCGUGUCUGCCUCUCAGUAUCGCAAGGUUGAUGAGUUCCAGACAGGUAUCCUGAUCUACGAGAUGCUACACCUGCCCAAUCCUUUCGAGGCCGUCCCAUCACUCCAAAACCGUCAUUACCGCAUAGAGGAGCUUCCUUCCAUCCCUUCCGUUUCCAUCUACUCAUCCGGACUGGAGCGUCUUGCCCGCCUCCUGCUGCGUCCUGACCCAGAUGAGAGGAUCCAUAUUGCAGAAGCUAAGCGUGGCCUGCAGAGUCUGCUGUGGGGACCACGCCGAGAACUCCUGGACCGUGUCACUGCUGACAACAGGAAGGACAAGGACCAGGACACGCUGUUGAACUGGUUGGAUGUGAAGCGCGCGUUGCUCAUGAUGAAGUUUGCAGAGCGCUCACUGGAACCUGAGAAGACCCCAGAGCUUGAGGACUGGCUCUGCUGUCAGUAUUUCUCCAACACACAUCCACCGUCCCUAUUGCUCACUGCCCAGAUGAUGCACCUUAUCAAACCCUUACAUUGACAUUGUGGGGGGGACAACAUUCAUGUAUUGUUUGUAUUACUUUUUCCAUUCCUGCUGUUUUUAAACAAGAAAUGUGGAUGAGUUCAUGCCUUUGCUUGGAACACAUUAUUUACAGGUGGUGCACUUUCAGUUUUUUAGAUUUCAGCUGUCCUGCUGACUUUUAAACACAUCUUAAAAUGAUUCUCACUGCCACAGAGUGACUGCUGUCCUGCUGACCAUACGUGUGAGUGUGUGUUUGUGUGUUUGAAAGAUCUUCAGAAAUGCUGAGUCAGCAGAAAAGCCACAGUAAAGACAGAGAAAAACUAAUACCUGUGUGCUGAUAGAAAAUUUCUGUAUUACUGUUGUGAUGAGACAUUUCAUGUGAAUUUCUCUGUAUUUCUGCACUGACAUUACCUCAUAUUGCCUAGUGUUAAUGUAAGAAUUGUUUGUUAGUUAAUUAACUCAAAGAUAUAGAAUGCAGUUAUACAGUUUCAGUUUCUUUAUUAACAUUUAACACUGAGAGCUUGAAUUCUUUAUUUGCUGAUGAGCCCCUAAUAUACAGUAUGUUAAUAAAAAAUUGCACUGAUUGGUUGUUUCGAAAACACAGAGCCCCAAUCAGAGUUGAGUCAGAGAGACAACUGGUUAUAUCUAAAUUUUUAUCUAAUGAACAUUGCAGGGUUAACAAUAUCUUCAACAACAAUACUUAUAGAUACACAUUGUUAUUGUGUCCAGGCUAAGGAAAUAAUAAUGUAAACAUUUGUACAGAAAGAGAAACUGAACAAUGUGAAACUGAAAUUUUACCUGUUUAUAAGUGUGUACGGAAACUGUGUGAAGCAGGUCUUAAUGAGAAUACAUCUGAUCACUGAAAUGUCUCUUUGCUCGUCUAUGAUUAGACAGUGUAUAUGCUGUUUGUUUUUACAGCCAGAAUUCAAUGCAAAAAUCACUGUACUGAGUUAUAAACAAUGCAUUGAAACUGAAAAUUCAUCAAUAAACUGUAAAUAUCUUUUCAGAA